GUGGGAGAGAACAGGAGCAGACCUCAUCAUCAUCGAAAGGCGUUCUCGGUUUAAUCCUUUUCCCCUUUACCCCGAGACGACAAGGGAGACCGAAGCACGCUCCUCGCAAUCCUUUAAAGACACUGUCGGUUUUUCAUGUCAUAAGACAGACCGGCUAGUUUGUGUUGCAAUUUUAGAGCUACUUUUCCACGUUUGUACUACAUUAGAGUUGCGCCGCUGCCUUUGUGGAUCUAAAGAGAGUUUUCACCUCUUUUUGCGAAGUGCUAGCGUGCACAGAAGGCUUUCAAUCGUAUCAUCCUGCUGGACAAGACAAGCGAAAAUUGCACGUGUUAACUGACAUUUACCGGGCCGAUUACAUGCAUAAUAAAGAGUGGAUGCUGGAAUCUGUGAAUUGAGAGGAGCACGUGUGUAGAAGGACAGGAAAACUGAUUGGAGGAUACUCGGAAAGAAGAAAGGAAGCACAAAGAAGUUUGGGGAGAGGACCGAAGAGAAGACGGGGACGAUGGGGAGAAAAAAGAUUCAGAUCACGCGGAUAAUGGACGAACGCAACAGACAGGUGACGUUUACAAAAAGGAAGUUCGGCUUGAUGAAGAAGGCCUACGAGCUGAGCGUACUGUGCGACUGCGAGAUAGCCCUCAUCAUCUUCAACAGCACCAACAAGCUGUUCCAGUACGCCAGCACCGACAUGGACAAGGUCCUGCUCAAGUACACCGAGUACAACGAGCCGCACGAGAGCCGGACCAACUCCGACAUCGUGGAGACGUUAAGAAAGAAGGGGCUAAACGGCUGCGACAGCCCCGACCCGGACGCGGACGACUCGGCUUUGAGCAAGAAGGAGAACAAGGGCUCAGAGAGCCCGGAGCUUGACUCCUCCUUCACGCUCACCCCACGCACCGAGGAGAAAUACAAACAAAUUAACGAGGAGUUUGAUAAUAUGAUCAAGACCCAUAAGAUCCCUGCUGUCCCUCCCUCUAACUACGAGAUGCCGGUGUCCAACCCCAACAGCCUGAUCUACAGCCACUCCGGAGGCUCCCUGGGGAACCACAACCUGCUUCCCCUGGCCCACCACUCGCUGCAGCGCAACAGCAUGUCCCCCGGAAUCACCCACCGACCCCCCAGUGCUGGCAACGCAGGAGGCCUUAUGGGUGCUGACAUGACGACUGGUGCAGGCACCAGCGCCGGAAAUGGGUACGGGAACCACCGCAACUCUCCCAGUCUGCUGGGCUCCCCGGGAAACAUGAACAAGAACCUGCAGGCCAAGUCCCCCCCGCCCAUGAACCUGGGCAUGAACAACCGCAAGCCAGACCUGAGAGUGCUUAUCCCCCCCGGAGCCAAGAACACCAUGCCCUCCAUUAACCAGAGAAUAAACAACUCGCAGUCCGCUCAGUCAUUGGCUACCCCCGUGGUUUCUGUAGCAACGCCCACCCUGCCCGGGCAGGGGAUGGGAGGAUAUCCGUCAUCUAUCUCCACCACGUACGGUACUGAAUACUCGCUCAGCAGUGCAGAUCUGUCCUCCCUGUCGGGUUUUAACAGUGCCAGUGCCCUCCAUCUUGGCUCCAUGACCGGCUGGCAGCAACAGCACCUGCAGAAUAUGCAACACUCAGCCCUCGGCCAGUUAGGAAAUUGCACUAGCACUCACUUAUGUCAGAGUUCAAAUCUCUCCCUGCCUUCUGCUCAAAGCCUGCACAUCAAGUCCGAACCUGUUUCUCCUCCUAGAGAUCGCACCAGCAGCACGCCGGCGGGCUACGGGCCCCAGCAGGCCCCGUCGCGCCAGGACUCGGGCCGCUCGCCCGUCGACAGCCUGAGCAGCUGCGGGAGCUCCCACGAGGGCAGCGACCGCGAAGAGCACAGGAACGAGUUCCACUCGCCCCUGGGACUGGUGCGGCCCUCCCUGGACGAGCGGGAGAGCCCGUCCGUCAAGCGGGUGCGCCUGUCCGAGGGCUGGGCCACAUGAUAGGCUCCUCCCCAACUUUCCCGCCCACUCCCCCCCACCCCCCCCCACCCGCAAUUCCCCCGCCCCCCCCCCCUUGCCGUCUUGCGCGGUCGCCCGCCCCCCCAGCCGGACCCGCCCCCUCUCUCUCUCUCUCUCUCUCUCCCCCCCAAGGCUCGUUCACUGGGGAGAUCCCCCCUCCUUUUUAAAAAAAUUUAACUUUAAAUAUUUUAUUAUUAUAAUUUUUUUUUUUUUGCAGAGUGUGUGUGCUAUACAUAUUACAGUGGGAGGGGUUGGGAACUGGGGGGAGGGGUGUGGGGAAAGGAGAGGACGGGAUUGGAUGAUGUCAGGGUGGGGAUGGGGUGGGUGGGGAACUAUGCAUUUUUUUUGUGCUGUGUGUGGAUAAAAAAGAAAAAAAAUCACAUAUACAUACAUGUAUAUACAACCAUGUAUGUAUAUGUGUGAAUAUAAAAAAGAAAUAAACAAAAAAAGUCAGGUACUCUGUUUUGUAAAAAUACUUACAACUUGCCUCAGUGAUAUACCGUAAAUAAAUGAAUGAACGAUAAAAAUAAAAGCAUAUAUUGCUGAGUUUAACAGUGUAGCACUUGAGUUGUACAACUAAUACACGUGUACAGAUUUGCUUUGAUUGCUACCUACCCCUUUUUGCAGAACUCCCUUGCAAAAUGUAUGUUACUAUAGAUAAUGUCAUGUUGCAGGUUCAACGUAUUUAUGUAAAUAGAGGGUUGUCGAAGGGGAGGGGGGGAGGUGGGGGGCAGGGGCAAAAGCCGCCAGACUUUGCGGACUUAUUUACCACAAACAAAAGAAGAAAGCUGUUAUGCAACGUUUUAAAGGAUUGUACAGGUUUACCUGCAGACCCAUUGAUGACACAACCGAGCCCCCUAUUACCCUAAAUGAAUAUUAUACUCCCCUUGAAGUAUGGAGCUUAGUAAUACCAGGAUUACCAAAAGGCAUUCAAUAGACCAUGGACCAUACUUUUACUGAAGAGCCAUGUUAGUAAAUUCAGAGAAAUCCGGGUCUUGCAUUAGAUAUUUAAUAAGGAUGUACAAUACAUUUGCUUAUAUUUUCUUAUGAAAGGAAUACAAGGCAAAGCAUUUGUGGCUUUUUGUAGUUUAUAUGAGCCAGAAUGUGUUUUUUGAUAGCUUUGCUAAUAUUAAAAGAAAAAAAAAGAUAAGGCUAAAAAGAAUGAAGAAUUAUUUGGGAUUUUUUUUCCCCUCGAAGCCAUGGAACGGACACUGAAACCCCUUGCUUUGAUGAACUGUUUUCUCUUUGUAGAGGUUUUGUUUUAAACGUGUAUUUCUAAUUAUAUAUGAUAAUAUUAAGAAUCUUUAAAAAAAAAAAAAAUCUGUGAAAUUAACAUGCUUGUGUAUAGCUUUCUAAUAUAUAAAUAUAUAAUAAUUAUGGUCAUAGCAGACAUUGUUUUUAUCUUAUUAGUGGGGUAACAUUACAUGUAUGUGCGGACGCACAUAUUGUCUGUGCUGUUUCGGUCAAUCUCUUUGCGGAGGGUAAUAUUUAGUUGAACUCUGGUAACCGAUUAAUUAAUUUCCCAUAUCUGUGUUUUUACAACAAACAAAAGAAAAAUGCCUCUUUAAAAAUGAUGACGUUUCAUGAAGUUUGUCUGGUUGUUGACGGUGGGUGAUUUCUACAGGAGAGUAGAGAUCACAGCACUACUCACAUGUAUCUUGAAGCUUGAAUCAGAAGACGCUUUUGUUCAAGGCUUUUGCCAACAACAACAACAACAACAACAACACGAAAAAGAAAAUUGUGUUUCCUUUGUUUUAAACCUACAGUAUGUUUUAAGAACUUAAAACCUAAAUGCUGCACUUUUUGACAAACAGCCUUGAAUCAAAACCCGUUAUGAGUGUUUGUCCGAUUUAACCUAUUUUGGCAAAAUAUUGUAUGUUUAGAGCUCAAACCCUCAAUAACCUCGUUUCUCCGUGACGAACUUGUGCUCUGAGCACAGUUACGAGCUGCACCUCCGAAGUAUCUUUUCGGAAAAACUGAUCUGAGAUACUGAAGAUUUUACCUUUCUUGUACAAUCAAUAUUUCAUGAUUUAGCGGGUGUUAAAGGUGCGUUGAUCAGGAGAGGUGUUGUGUUUUUAUUUGACGCAAAUAGGUGGUGAAAGAAAACUUAGGUUUAAAUGGCGACUUGAGCAGAAAAUGUGUGGGGGGGGGGGGGGAACCCUAAAAGCUGGUUUGAACAGAAGCACAACUUUUCAUUUGAUAAGUCACUUUUUUGUAUGAAGCUAUGAAUCACACUGUAUCUGAACCUGUUGUUGCUCAAGUGUUAUGGCUACACGCAGAAUAGACGAGACAGUGGCUGCCAUGUUGUUCCUGUGUACAUGUGGUCUAGCAAAAUGGGGCAGAGCCCCACUGAUUUGUCACCUAUUUUUUUUUUUUAAUUCAAGAAAAUUGCAAGGCCAGGGAAUACAAGCUGAUUUUAGGCAACAGUCUCUUAGGACAACCAAAGCCAGUGGCAUUAAAUUAAUCUAAUCUUUUAAUUUUAGUUUAGCAUUCGUACAUUAUCAAUGGUGAAGAAAACCCAAACGUGCAUUUAUUUGUAUUUUUAAAUUUGAGCCCUUAAAAUCAUCUUUCAGAAAUCACAUUUACAAGUAGAAUAAGAAAAACUAAAUGAAUCCACAUAUGAGGAGCAAGCAACCAAACAUUUUGUGACAUAUAAAUAAAUAUUAUGAGACGCUCAUAAAACAUUUUUUUUUUUUUUAAAUGGUCUGCAAUUGCAGUUCCUUCCAUUAAUGUAUAGUCACAUGAUUUUGCCUGCACAUGCUCAGUUUGGUGUUGCCUGGUCUUUUGGGAGCAUUUACCUAAUGCUGCAGUCCAAAGGCCACUGGAUGGUAAUUCACUCUUUAAGACUGGCCUGCUUAAACAUCUCCACUGUCUGUUCCCUCUUGUAUUGUUCUCCCGCUCGCUCACUCUCUCUCUCUUGCUCUCUCUCUCGCUCUCUCUCUUUCUCUCUCUUCCUCAACAAAAACAUGUCCGUGUUUCGAUGAUGGUUUCCUAAAAACUCGCAUCAUGGGACACACUCACAGAACACCUGUAUGGCGCUUCAAAAGGGUUUAGGUAACAGCUUCUCUUUCGUUCAUAUUUUCAACCAAAGACACGGAGCAAUCUUCUUCUUUUUUUUCUUUCAGAUUACCAUCAGUGUCUCACUAACCUAAUUGAUUUUUUUUUGUUUGUUGUUGUUUCAUUCUGUAAUUUACUGGUACCUCAAAUUGACCCACCCAAUACCUCAGAUUACCGUUGAUGUGUCUGUUUGGUGCCAGAAGGUAUUCAGCCACCCAGUUCUUGUAAAGCAAUGUGUAGAGCCAUGGCUUUUGGUGGGUAUUUGGUCUUAUAACCUACACGGGAAACUUGGAUUGCUCCACCUGGUUUGCAGUUUUCUUUUAUCCUAAAUGAAUUGUUUCCAUCGAUUAAAAAAAAUGAAAAAGUAUUAAAAAAAUGUAUAAAAAGAACAGUAGUAACAAAUGUAGCUUGUAUUAAAAAAAAGACAAAAAAAAAACACAAAAUGGAGAACAUGUGAAGUAAAUGUUUUGAAAAAGAGGCUCACAGCGACACAAGCUGGACUUUGUCGCCACUUGAAAAGCAAGAUGUUAUUAAAUGAAACCACAUCUCUGUAUCUCAAGGGACUUAAUUCAGCUGUCUGUAGUGAAAGAAAAUAUGGAAAUAAAGAUUCUCCUGCUGGAAAUAAAAAAGGUAUUUGUAUUUUGCAGAGAAUUCAGUAAAGUUUCUGGCUUUCUUAGUUA